CAAAUCGUUAUUUUACAAUCCACUUCACUAGUUGUAGAUAUCACUAAUAAACCCAGACCGAUAUUUCAACAUUCUUCAAGUUCAGAGGUACCUACUCCGAAGUAUCAAGGGGUUGAAAUAGAAAAUUGCCACAAACAUGAUGUAGAGCUCAAAUAUGUGCGCAAACGGGUAGUUUUCGCCGCGUGUUUCGCAACCGUUUUUGCAGGAGAGCAGGUGGUAGCUGUCUCACAGGACACCUUAGGAAACUACGACCUAAAAUACGCCAUCGAUGGAAUCUCGAGGGUUGAACGUGGCGAUCUUCACGGAAAUGUCAACGGCGGUUUCUCCUACAUCGACCCUUAUGGCAUUGUCAGAAAAACAGAAUUCACCUCCGGAGUUCACGGAUACAAUGCUAUUGGUACCGACAUCCCUGUUCCAGUUCAAGAUACACCCGAAGUAGCUCACGCCAAAGCUAACCACCUUUCCGUGCUCCGUGCAGCUUACUUGGCACCGAAGCUUCCACAAUUCCAAGGACCCGAAGAGGGAUUCAUCGCCGCCCCAGUUCCUUUACACGCCGCCCAUUUUGGUCCAAUCGCCAGAUUUGAAACGCCAAUUGCCCACAUUGCCCCAGCCGCCCAUUUCGCUCUCCCAGCUCUCCAUGGUCAUUUGGGAAUCGGUGAAACACCAGAGGUCUUAGCCGCCCGUGCUCAGCAUUUCGCCGCUCACGCUGCCCGUGGACAACUUCUCCACUAA